CACUCACUCACAGAGGAACCUCCUCAGGAGAAUGGGGUCAUCCAGAGCACCCAGGGCCUGUACAGCUCCACCUCCCCUCCUGCCUCGCCAGUGGCCGGGGACCUGGACGACGAGCCCUUCUCCACAUACUUUGAGGAGAAGGUGCCCAUUCCAGAGGAUGUCACCCAGGUACUGAGGCCAUGUGGCCUAUGACCUCACACAGAUUACCUAUGACCUCAGGGUCUAUGACAUCACAAGAAGUAUUAACUCACAGAGCCUAUGGCAUCACAGGGGUUAUGACCUCACACAGAUGAACCCAGAGCCUAUGGCAUCACAUGGGCAAUUAUGACCUUAUAAGGUAUAUUAUAUCACAGUUAUUAUUGAGGAAUAGAGCCUAUGGAAUCACAGGAAUUAUUAUUACCUCAUUAGGUCUAUGACAUCACAGUUAUUAUUGAGUCAGAGAGCCUAUGGCAUCACAGGGAUUAUCAAUACCUCACAUGGUCAUUGACAUCACAGGGCCUAUCUUCUAAGGGCUUAUGACCUCAAAGAGCCUAUUACACUAAGCUUAUGACCUGAAUAAAGUGAUACACAAAGUUACUAUUUGUAUAGAAUAAUUUAGAAAUUAUAACUUCAAUGACAGAUAAUACUUCAUGCUAAGAUUUAUUUUCAGGUGUUGAUUGUACUAUUUGUGAUCCUCUCUUUUCAGAUAUUCAGUUUCCGUAAACUCUGGGCUUUUACGGGACCAGGUUUCCUGAUGAGCAUAGCCUAUCUUGACCCAGGGAACAUCGAGUCCGACCUGCAGUCUGGAGCUAAAGCUGGCUUUAAGGUGAACACAAACACAACAGCAGCCUUGGUUGACCUUCGCUCAAGGGGCAGGGGUACCAAAUCAAAUGUUAUUCGUCACAUGCUUCGUAAACAACAGGUGAAAUGCUUACUUACGGGCCCUUCCCAACAAUGCAGAGAGAAAGAAAAUAGAGAAAUAAUAGAAAAGUAAUAAUAAAUACACAAUGAGUAACGAUAACUUGGCUAUAUACACGGGGUACCAAUACUGAGUCGAUGUGCUGGGGUACGAGGUAAUUGAGGUAGAUAUGUACAGUGCAUUCGGAAAAACCAAGCCAUGAGGUCGAAGGAAUUGUCCGUAGAGCUCCGAGACAGGGUUGUGUCGAGGCACAGAUCUGUGGAAGGGUACAAAAAAAUGUCUGCAGCAUUGAAGGUCCCCAAGAACACAGUGGCCUCCAUCAUUCUUAAAUGGAAGAAGUUUGGAACCACCAAGACUCUUCCUAUAGCUGGCUGCUUGGCCAAACUGAGCAAUCGGGGGAGAAGGGCCUUGGUCAGGGAUGUGACCAAGAACCAGAUGGUCAAUCUGACAGAGCUCCAGAGUUCCUCUGUGAAGAUGGGAGAACCUUCCAGAAGGACAACCAUCUCUGCAGCACUCCACCAAUCAGGCCUUUAUGUUAGAGUGGCCAGACGGAAGCCACUCCUCAGUAAAAGGCACAUGACAGCCCGCUUGGAGUUUGCCAAAAGGCACCUAAAGGACUCUGACCAUGAAAAACAAGAUUCUCUGGUCUGAUGAAACCAAGAUUGAACUCUUUGGCCUGAAUGCCAAGCGUCACGUCUGGAGGAAACUUGGCACCAUCCCUACGGUGAAGCAUGGUGGUGGCAGCAUCAUGCUGUGGGGAUGUUUUUCAGCGGCAGGGACUGGGAGACUAGUCAGAAUCGAGGGAAAGAUGAUCGGAGCAAAGUACAGAGAGAUCCUUGAUGAAAACCUGCUCCAGAGCACUCAGGACCUCAGACUGGGGGCGAAGGUUCACCUUCCAACAGGACAACGACCCUAAGUACACAGCAAAGACAAUGCAGCAGUGGCUUCGGGGAUAAGUCUCUGAAUGUCCUUGAGUAGCCCAGCCAGAGCCCGGACUUGAACCCGAUCGAAUAUCUCUGGAGAGACCUGAAAAUAGCUGUGCAGCGACGCUCCCCAUCCAACCUGACAGAGCUUGAGAGGAUCUGCAGAGAAGAAUGGGAGAAACUCCACAAAUACAGGUGUGCCAAGCUUGUAGCGUCAUACCCAAGAAGACUCAAGGCUGUAAUCGCUGCCAAAGGUGCUUCAACAAAGUACAAAGUAAAGGGUCUGAAUACUUAUGUAAAUGUGAUAUUUCCGUGUUUUAUUUUUUAUACAUUUGCAAACAUUUCUAAAAACCUGUUUUUGCUUUGUCAUUAUGGGGGUAUUGUGUGUAGAUUGAUGAGAUUAUAAAAAUUUUUAUAUAUUUUUGAAUAAGGUUGUAACGUAACAAAAUGUGGAAAAAGUCAAGGGGUCUGAAUACCUUCCGAAUGCACUGUACAUAUAACUACGAAUAAAGUGACUAGCAACGUGAUAUAUAAUAAACAGUAGCAGCAGUAUAUGUGAUGAGUCAAAGUUAGUGUUAGUGUAAAAAUGGUCAAUGCAGAUAGUCUGGGUAGCUAUUUGGUUAACUAUUUAACUAACUAUUUAGCCAUGGUGCUGUGAGCCUAGGAAGAGAGCUCCUGUACAUUUUGUAAAUAUUUCAUACUCGUUUUUGUUAAAUGUUUAAAUAAACUUUUUAUUUUUUAUAAUUCUCUGUUUUGAUCACAUGGUGGUCUUCAAUGUAAAAGUUACAGGACUUUGAUGUUAAAUCCGUGUGUUUGCCUUGGCUGGCUAGCUAGCUGGAUGUCUAAUGUUUGCAUUUAAAUAAUGCAGCAGCAGCUCCGGCUUUUUUGUUUCACCUGCCGGUUGGAAGGUGGAGACUGCGGUGUCUGAGAUGUCAGAGAGGCGGAGGAACUGUUCCUGACCACUGCUGAUAUGUGGUUAAUUUUCUGGUGCUUUACUGAAGCUAAAGCAUCACCCAGGUGGGUGCUACACUGUCGGCAAUGGAGGAUCAGCUAACUACGGAGGAGCGGCUACUAUGAAGGAACUGGGAACGUCAGACAAAGUGAUGGACCCUGAUGAAGAGCUUCUGGCUUGUCUGACAGACUGACUUUCUCCCUAGCUGUACUGUACCAUCGAUGCCCCCUCCACUCAAGCCAUACUGACUUUUCCAAACUGCCUCAACUCUAUUCGUUUUCCAGCUUUCAUUUGUUGUUCAUUGAUGAAUGAUGUAUUUAGUUAACAAGAGGGGACCACAAUGGAAAUAAUAAGUUUCAAACCUUUUUUAAUUAUACUUGAUGAUUUUUAAAUGCAUUGUAUCCACAUGUGUGGUUGUAUUGUGAUUUUUGUCAAAUAUAUCAUAUAGUAGUCUUAUGGCUUGGGGGUAGAAGCUGUUCAGGGUCCUGGUUUCCAUACUUGGUGCAUCGGUACCGCUUGCUGUGCGGUAGUAGAGAGAACAGUCUAUGACUUGGGUGGCUGGAGUCUGACAGUUUUUAGGGCCUUACUCUGACACCGCCUGGUAUAGAGGUCCUGGGUGGCAGGGAGCUCGGCCCCAGUGAUGUACUGGGCCGUACACACUACCCUCUGUAGCGCCAUGCGGUUGGAUGCCAAGCAGUUGCCAUACUAAGCGCUGAUGCAGCCCAACAAGAUGCUUUCAAUGGUGCAGCUGUAGAGCUUUUUGAACCAUGCUCAAAUACUAUGAAAAAUAAUUUACUCAAAGGCAAAGUUCUACCCCCCCCCCCCCUCUCUCUCUCUCUCUCUCUCUCUCUCUCAGCUCCUGUGGGUGUUGUUGGGGGCCACCAUCAUCGGCCUCCUCCUGCAGAGACUGGCUGCACGCCUGGGGGUCGUCACAGGGAUGCACCUCGCAGAGGUCUGCAACCGCCAGUACCCCACUGUGAGUAACCCUCCCUCGCCCUACACCAUAUAGAAGGGUUUGGUUUUGGUGAACUUAAUUGAAUGUGAUUGCUGUGUGUUAUAUCCAGUCUUGUUCUUCACACCUCCAUCCUGUCCAAGGUUCCUCGUAUCAUCCUGUGGCUGAUGGUGGAGCUGGCCAUCAUCGGCUCAGACAUGCAGGAGGUCAUCGGUUGUGCCAUCGCCUUCAACCUCCUCUCUAUGGGCAGGUAGCUACAGUACCACCCACCAGCACCCAACUACACUUUACUACACUACACUACACUACACAAAGAGUGCGUCCCAAAUGACACCCUAUUCCCUAUACAGUGCCCCCUGUUCAAAAGUAGUGCUCUAUAUAGUGAAUAGGGUGCCUCUUGUCAAAAGUAGUGCACUAUAUAGGGAAUAGGGUGGCAUUUGGGAUGCAUACAACGGCCGCUCUAGAGAUAAAUGUAUUGGGGUCAAACUAACAUUGUUGUUUGCUAUCUACCAGGAUUCCACUUUGGGGAGGUGUCCUUAUCACCAUCAUUGACACCUUUGUGUUCCUUUUUCUAGAUAAAUAUGGUGAGUGUUUCUUCGACACAUUAAGAUGUGUAUGUGAUUUAAUAAUCCUUGGGUUCAGGUGUGUGUCCAUUUCUGUCUGGGCGUGUUUCAAUAUGAUAUCUGACUUUUGUUUAUUAGGCCUGAGGAAACUAGAAGCCUUCUUUGGGUUUCUCAUCACCAUCAUGGCUGUAAGCUUUGGGUAUGAGGUAAGAACAAGCUUUUCCCUGUGUUCAUCUAUAAAACUUCCGUAAACCUGGCAGCUGGUUUUGAUAGUAUGUAGCGCAGCUUUGAUAGAAUUUGGUAGGUUUUUGUUUCUGCGUGUGUGCAUCUGACUGUCUUCUCUUGCGUGUGCCUGUAGUAUGUGAUGGUGCGUCCGGACCAGGGGGAGCUGCUGAAGGGGAUGUUUCUGCCGUACUGUGAGGACUGUGAUUCUGCUCAGAUGGAGCAGGCUGUGGGCAUCGUAGGAGCAGUCAUCAUGCCCCACAACAUCUACCUGCACUCUGCCCUCGUCAAGGUAGGUCUCUUGCAUUAUGACAUAGUAUAGAGGAGUGUAGGACCUUCACUAUGACACAGGAGUCAAAUACCUACUUUAUGACAGCACAGAGGAGUGAAAGACCUUGACUAUGACAUAGAACAGAGGAGUCAAAGACCUGCUUUAUGACAUAGAACAGAGGAGUCAAAGACCUGAUUUAUGACAUAGCAUAGAGGAGUCAAAGACCUGCUUUAUGACAUAGCACUGAGGAGUCAAAGACCUGCUUUAUGACAUAGCACUGAGGAGUCAAAGACCUUCACUAUGACAUAGUACAGGGUCGUCACGGACCUUUACUAUGACACACAAAAUAUUGGUGAAAACAUUUAAGAACGAUUGGAAUAAAAUCAUUUAUACAUUUUUGGGCCAAACAACCAGAAAGUACAAUGUCACAGGAAUUGGGAUUAUAUGUUAGUUCAUUAAUUUGAAUGAUAUUUUAUCGUCUAGUCUCGGCAAAUAGAUCGUGGGAACAAGAAAGAGGUGAAGGAGGCCAACAAAUACUACUUCAUCGAGUCAACUAUCGCUCUCUUCAUCUCCUUCCUCAUCAACGUCUUUGUUGUAGCAGUGUUUGCUGAGGCCUUCUAUGACAAAACCAACAUUGAGGUGGUGGGUAUAACAACUAACCAGACCCAGCAUGUCUCCUUGUCUCAGAAUGUAACAAUCCGUUACAGAUGAUUUAUACAGUAAUAUAGCAUCAGUAUGGCACCUUUAAACCAGUGACCUUCCUUGUUUGUGAUGUGCUGCUGUUCCUAUCUGUUUGUCACAGAAUGCAAAAUGCAAUGCAUCAGGCAGUCCUCACACAGACCUCUUCCCCCUGGACAACAGCACGCUACAGGUGGACAUCUACAAAGGGGUACGUCUUUUAAGGAUGAACAACAAUCUAUAUAACCUGUGAUAUGAAAUCACUUUGAUACUGCAUAUACCUGCUAUCUCAGUCGAUCAUUUUGCCAUGAAAUGAACAUUUGUUCGGUGUUGAUAAUAUGAAUAACCAUGGAGGGAAUGUAUACAAACUCCCUCUCUCACUCACUCUAUACAGGGGGUGGUGCUGGGUUGUUUCUUUGGCCCUGCGGCCCUCUACAUCUGGGCCAUCGGGAUCCUGGCUGCCGGACAGAGCUCCACCAUGACAGGCACUUACUCUGGCCAGUUUGUCAUGGAGGUGAGAACAUGCACAAGUACCCAACUACCGUGUUUGUUUGUUUGUGUGUGUGAGAGUGCACAUUGUAUUGUUAACCUUUUUAAGUUAAUCCUUGUGUAUGCGUGUUGGUAUGUACACACCUCAGGGUUCUGUCAGUCGGGAUGUGUGUUUGUCUGUAUGUUGACUAUUUUCUCUCUCUUCCCCUGCCUCAGGGUUUCCUGAACCUGCGUUGGUCCCGUUUUGCCCGGGUGCUUCUCACCCGCUCCAUCGCCAUCUUCCCUACCCUGCUGGUGGCCAUCUUUCAGGACGUGCAGCACCUAACGGGCAUGAACGACUUCCUCAACGUAUUGCAGAGCAUGCAGGUCAGAGAGAGAAGAGAAGACAUGACCAGAGCCCUAUCAAAAGUAGUGCACAAAAUGGGGAAUAGGUUGCCAUUUGGGACGCAGAAGGGGUCUGGGGACAUGCAGAGAGAGAAGAGACUGGGCUGGUCAGGGAGGAGAGGAGACGGGUGCAGGACCGUGAGAGGAGAGAGUGGAGACGGGGGCUAGGGACUGCAGGUUAGAGAGAGGGGUAGCAGCUACUCUGGGCUGGUUGGGAGUCUUUGGGGUUUUUAUACUGAUGCUUGUAUUAAAAGCUAUUGAAGGAGACUGACUGUAGUGAGUUCUUACUGUUCUUUCUGUCUCUCCUUGUUCCACAGCUGCCGUUUGCUCUGAUCCCCAUCCUGACCUUCACCAGUCUGACAUCCAUCAUGGAUGACUUUGCUAAUGGACUGUGAGUCACCAUAACCCUCAACCCAUAUAACACUGAAGAUUGCUUCUGUAUUUGCACUGAUAGACCAAUUCAUUCAUAGACGUGAUGACGGGAAGCAUCUCAAAUGGAUUCUUAUUCCCUAUAUAGUGCCCUACUUAGUGCACUCUGUAGGGAAUAGGGUGCCAUUUGGGACGCAGUCAGAUUGUUUCUGUAUUUGCACUGAUAGACCAAUUAAUUAAUUAAUGUGAUAACAGUGACACUUUAUCAUUGUGACGCCUAACCGUCUCGGCUGUGACUAUGCUCCUCAGGGUGUGGAAGAUUGGCGGAGGGGUGGUUAUCCUGGUGGUCUGUGCCAUAAACAUGUACUUUGUGGUGGUCUACGUGACCAGCCUGAACAGUGUGGCGCUCUACGUGCUGGUGGCCUUGCUCUGCAUAGCCUACCUAAGCUUUGUGUGCUACCUGGUGAGUUACUGUAGCAUUCAUUAUAACAGCAUGAACCGGGCUAGAUGAGCACACAACACUGUAGAUCAAAUAAAGUGGCUACCUUUCAAUGCUGAAUACUAGAUACUGAAUGCAGGGAUAUGGUUUGGAAAGAUAUAUUCUAAACUAUUAUAGGGAGUACAGUGACCCUCUUCUGACCUCCUCCCCUCUCUGUGUGUCUACAGACGUGGCAGUGUCUGAUAGCCCUCGGGGUCUCCUGUCUGGACGUGUCCUGUCUGGGCAGCAGGGUAAGCAACAACAGACCUGCUGUGUUCAUUGAGGAACAGCCAGCGUAUGACACCUAAAACGGAACAGGACAGUGUUUAAAGGACAAGACAGACCAACACGAACGUCGGCCGUGCACAGUAGAUCACCUGCUAGGUGUCGACAAACGUUGGCCAUUCAACAUGUAGAAUCGUUGGGAAAUGAACAGAAAAUGACGUCCGAACAGAAAAUGACGCACUCGCUGCGCAUAACAGAUGUUCUUGUUGGUCUGUCUUGUCCUUCAGGCUUCGCGAGAGAGAGACUUGCACCUUUUAUAGAGAUUUUAAGACAUAUCCCGAUAUCUCUAAUCAUGAGAUCAACAGUUUAGAGAACAUUUCCCCCCCACUAUUCUAAAUGUUUUAUCGUGUUCAGUUCUGUUGAGCUACUGGUAUGUGGGGUUUAUUUAAAGUUUAUUAUGUAAAACCCAGUUACAACAAAUAACCUCCCUCCUGUUCAAAGGCCUCCCUGUCCCUUUGAGAGAAUCCUCAGUGUUCAGCCAUAGUUUUUGAUAUCCCAUCUCCUUUAUUUUCAAUGCUCAAGCAGAGCGGGUGUGACAUUCUUAUGCUUUUCAAUUAGAAAAUUAAGUUUGAAUUCUAUUUCUCUCCAAUUAUUGCAGUCCUAUUCCAGGUUAAGAUAUGA